ACAAAUACAGAGCCAGGAGAAUAAUUGUUACAAAGUUGGUCUUGGAAUUUGACAGUGAGAUAGAGAUGGAGUUGUCGGAUAUUUCGUUCCCUAUCACCUCCACUGAUGACUUUUAUGAUGACCCCUGCUUCAACACCAGCGACAUGCAUUUUUUCGAAGACAUGGACCCCCGGCUAGUCCAUGUGGGUCUCCUCAAGCCGGACGACCACCAUCACAACGAAGACGAGCACAUCAGGGCCCCAAGUGGGCACCACCAAGCCGGUAGGUGCCUCCUCUGGGCAUGCAAAGCCUGCAAGAGGAAAACCACCAACACUGACCGGAGGAAGGCUGCUACCAUGCGGGAGAGGAGGAGACUGGGCAAGGUCAACGACGCCUUCGAGAACCUGAAGAGAUGCACGUCGAACAACCCCAACCAGAGGCUUCCAAAGGUGGAGAUCCUGAGAAAUGCCAUCAGCUACAUCGAGUCUCUGCAGUCUCUGCUCAGGGGCCAGGACGGCGAAAACUACUACCCCUUGCUGGAGCACUACAAUGGGGACUCUGACGCAUCCAGCCCACGGUCCAACUGCUCAGAUGGAAUGGUGAGUUCGUGCAUGUUGACCUCAGUGUCUAUGGGCAUGUCCACAAAAUUUCGGUCGUUUUUUAUUACAUAAAACAUAUAUUUUCAGGUCUAUAUAAAUACAUUUAGUAGGUCUAUUCCAUUUUAUUUGUAUAUAUUAUUUUAUACAUAGGUUUAUAGUUUGAGAUAUUGAUUUAUAGGUCUAUGGUUUGACAUAUCAUUCCAAAAGUUGACAGAACACAACAUGUGUUAUUGUAUUGCUCGAAUUCUUAGAUUUCAUAUUUUUUUUCUCCAGAUGGACUAUAAUGCCCGGACGUGCACGUCCGCAAGACGAAGCAGCUAUGACAGCUCUUAUUUCACCGAGACUCCAAAUGGUAAGUUAUUAUUUUAGUGUUAUAUUAUUGUGACUUGUUAUAGGCCCAGACUUUUAUUAUACGGUUUUAAAAGUACGUUUUCUUCAGCAGCUCUUCUUCAGUAGCCCAAUGCUCAAGACUCAAGACAGACAUUAUUUGACAUUUAGACAAUGUUACUAGUUUAUAUUUUCUCUGAUGUUUUCUUGACCUUUGUUGCAGCUGAUGCCAGAAGCAACAAGAACGCUGUCAUCUCCAGUUUGGAUUGUCUUUCCAGCAUCGUGGAGAGAAUCUCAACAGACAAGUCCGCGUGCACUAUGUUAUCAGUUCAGGAGGGUAGCCCCUGCUCUCCCCAAGAGGGAUCUAUCCUGAGCGAGACAGGAGCAACCGUGCCGUCACCGACCAAGUGCCCACAGCCCUCCCAUGACCCGGUCUACCAAGUGCUAUGAAAAUGAAUCGAUUCAUGUAAAUGAGGAAAACAACAAAAGGACAGGGUUGCAGAAUGUUGCUGUAGUAGAAGGAUAGAAAGGUUUAAAUUCUUGGCAUCCCAUGGUCACGUUUUAUAAGAUAUAAUUUACCGAUUUAUUUAUGUAAGUGUAAUCGUAUAUGAAAUAUUUGACCACUUUCUUUCCCUUGCCAUUUGUAUUGUUUAUGACAAUACAGGACCAUUUUUGUAUAGGCCUAUGUGUAAAUAAGAGUUGAUUAGUUUUUUUUUAAAGAAACGAAAAAAGGUUUUUAAUGUAUUUAAUUUUGCCUGUUUAUAUUCAGGGGCGCUUGGUUUGUUUGUUGUGAGACAUUUUUAACUUUAUAUUUAUACAUCUUAAAAUUUGUGAAAGUCGUUCGAUGUUAUUAUAAAUAAAUGACUAUGAC